UGACACUUUUGAAUUUUCAAGGUUAUAAUCCAUUUUAUUAUCAUUACGUAAAAAAAUCUAAACGUUAGAUUAUGGCGAAUAUUUUGAAAAAAACUACGGGUCUUACCGGACUGAAAGUGUCGCAAAAUCCCCAUCAUGUGUUGGGUGUCCUUUAUUCGAAAAUCUUAAAUGCUUUAACGAAGAUGCCUCAAGAUGCUGCCUAUAGGAAGUAUACUGAAGAUAUUGUAAACCACAGGUCGAAUAUCGUGAAGAAUACGCCGAACGUAGCUGAUAUUGAAAAACAAAUCGGUUGUGGUCAAGUUGAAGAAUUGAUUGUUCAAGCUGAAAAUGAGUUGAUACUUGCUAGAAAAAUGAUCACUUGGAAUCCAUGGUCCCCCCUCGUUCAGAAACCUCCAGCCACCCAGUGGGCAUGGCCUCCUGCAAAACCGGCUAAUUGAAAGAUGUUCUUUCAAAUUUUAUUGUGUCUAGUUAUUAUGACCUCAUAGGAAUUCAAAUAAAUAUUGAAGCCUGGUAGAA